ACGCAAUGAGACACCAGCAAUAUCCCACCAUUCGCUUGGCGGUUAAUUACCCGGGUUGCAGUCUGCAUCUGAUAGCCUUAUUCGACGCGGGGUUAAUGUGAAGCAAUUGCUUGUAGCUCCCGUAUGCGUAAAAGGAAUGAUAAUUCUUCUACUAUUCGAACCUAAUAUAAUUGUGUCAUAUGAUAUACUGACUCCCAUCUUAACUAACUUCUCUAACGUAGACAUAUUUGAAAAUGCGAUCAUUUGGAGUCAUAGCAUUAUUUACUAUACUCGGUAUCUAUGCCAAAGAGAAUUGCCCUCUGUAUGGCUUAGGAUAUCCGAACCCUACCGACCUUCUUACCCAACCGGGUAUUCAGAAGGCGGCAAGUUCUCUCGACUCGGCUUUUGCACAAUACAUCGACAAUUCUAACAAGACUAAAUCGGAUCGAUUCUCCUAUUCAGUUGAAGUAUUUUCCGCUGAUGAAGAUGAACCGUUGUGGUCGCAUCACUGGACUGCAACUAACUUAAAAAAUCUCAACUCGACAGGAGUCAAAAACGUAGAUGGUAAUACCGUGUACAGACUUGGAAGUGUUACAAAGAUAUUUACCAUAUUAACGUUCCUCGCUGAAGUAGGCGAUACUAUGUGGAAUGAACCUAUUACUAAAUAUAUUCCGGAAAUAAAGGCGAUGGUCACUGACGUCGACACUUCUCAUUCAAUUUCAAAGCCAGACUGGGACUCUAUCACAAUUGGGUCAUUAGCUAGUCAAAUGUCGGGCCUUGUUAGAGACUACGCUUUAUUGGGCGAACUCACACAAGGGUCAACCACCACGCAGGCAGCUUCAAUUGGAUUCCCCGUCUUAGAAGAUGCAGAAAUACCUCCUUGUGGCAACAGGCCAGUAUGCAAUAGAACGCAAUACUUCGAAGGUCUUAGUAAACUUCCCCCAUCGUUUUCGCCAUUUGUUACGCCAACAUACUCGGACAUCGGUUAUACACUCCUUGGAUACGCCUUGGAACAGAUGACGGGAAAGUCGUUCGGCAGGGUAGUCCAAGACAGAGUUAUUAAGCCCCUUGGUUUGAAUCGUACUUUCUAUACAACUCCCGCAGAUUCACUCGGGAUUAUACCAGGCGGUCGUUACGAAACGAGUUGGGCUUUUAACAUGGGCAAUGAGUCGCCUACCGGUAAUAUGUAUACAUCUUCCUCGGAUUUAUCCCGAGUCGGCAGAGCCAUAUUAAGGUCAACUAUUCUGCCACCAUCUAUGACGAGAAGAUGGCUCAAGCCCACGAGCUUCAGCUCAGAUCCAAAAUCUAGCGUAGGUGCACCGUGGGGUGUACGUCAGCUUCAAUUUUCUAAAGAUUCGCCUUACCAAUUCGCGACUACAUUCAACAAAGCCGGGAGUCUAGGGAGGUAUAGCACCUUGCUAGCUAUCAUUCCAGACUUCAAUAUUGGAUUCUCUAUCCUGACCGCUGGCGAUGCUCCCGCUAGUUUAACUAUGGAUAUAGCAGACACGUUGUCGAAUACUUACCUCCCAACCAUGGUGAACACGGCACGCAUCCAGGCGGAUGCGCUCUAUGGUGGAUCAUAUAAGAACCCUAAUUCUGCGGUGAAUUCAUCUUUAAGCAUCGUGGUUGACAGUAAAACUCCUGGUCUGAGUCUAAGUUCAUGGAUCAGCAAUGGAACGAACUUGCUAUGGUAUUCUGUAGCCAUGAGCCGAAACGUGACCAAGGAUUAUUGGAGUCAAAUCCGGCCAAGUGUUCGUCUUUAUCCAACUGGAUUGUGGGACGCGACAUCUGACGGAGGAAAAAGAGUUGCGUUCAAGGCAAUAUUCGAGGACCUAAGCUUACCCAACGCCUCGAAGCCUUUUACGACGGACUGCUCGACUUGGGUCGGCGUUUCGGGGAUCAUGUACGGCUCCAAACCGUUGGAUCAGUUUAUCUUUAACAUCGAUGCCGCUGGAAAUGUGACGAGCAUUGAGAAUGGUGCAUUAAGGAAUAAACUAGAGAAGAUAGAAUAAUGUCUAUAAAACUUUCCCCGUUACCUUAAUAAGCGCAAGUCUAGGUAGUUACCUACACAUUUUCUAACCUAGUAACCUAGUGAGAUGGCUGCUUACCGUGUCUAAGAGAUCACGAGUGACGCCUCCUGAAUUUCGCCAACGACGGAAAUAACUGUUCGAUACUUUUGCGCUCAGUAAUCGUCCCCUAAAUGGCCACUAGAUGCAUUUCUUAUAUCUUGACAUGAUCAUAACAUAAUCAUAACAUAAUGCUGAGUUUAUAGUCAUCGGAGCCGUGAUCCUGUGCCGAGGCCGAGACAGGUAUAGCAACACGGAAGAUGGGUUUAGGCCGGGUAACCCGAAUCCCGACAAAAAUCGGAGAAGAGACGACUUCUAGUUGGUGAUUA